AAUCUAGCGGUUUCUAUUCUUCUUCCUCUGACCUAUUCCCCUAUUUCCAAAACUAUUUCGCGGGAGAAGCAAAGCAACCAAAGUGGACUGAGAGCACGCAUUAAUAGCUCGCUGGUAUCACCACACGCUAUAGCAAAGUUGUACAUACACCACGACGCCUCUGCUUUGUUGCCAACUGUCGUGCUCUUAAUCAAUCAACUCGCAUCGAAUCUCCACGGGGCUUGCUACUGGCUUAUCAAAACGGGCAGCAGCACACCAUCAAUCACAUCAACAACGGCCUGACAACUUUCGUACGGAUAGCUCCCCGACCCACACACACACACACACAUACCAAAACGCACAAGUACAAGAGGCACCCUGAUAAGAGUGCCGCCACGAACUUGCUUCUGCAACUAUCCAUCACCAAUCAUUGAUAGCAGCCGUGCGACACUUGAUUGCUUCUGCUACUUUGUACUGCCAGGGUCGCACCAACCAGGAUCCUUGCGUCUUCUUCUGUCCACGGACAACGUCGUACGUAUCAAAAAUAGCUCCGCGCUUGAGUUCGGUCACAAACAACCCCCAAUACCGUGAAUUACCUUGACAUACCCGGCUCUUUUGAUCUUUUUCAUCUCUUCUAUCCUGCUUAAACAUCUUGGUUCUCCAUCCUUCAACUCCUCCUCUCUUCAUCAAUCAUCAAAAACUCCAUAGGCACAAUGGCUUCACCUCAGGUUAAUGGCGAGGUCCCCCACUCGGCCUUCUUUGAUCAUCUUGCCCAGUACCCCGUAGUCAACGAUGGUAUCGAGGUAUUCAAGAAGAACCCUUACGGCCAGCGUAGCAUAAAUGUUACCGACAUGGUGUACACGCGGGUUGCCAAGCCGGUGAUCCCCUACCUGUCGAGACCUUACCAGUAUGUCAGCCCAUACGUCAAGAGGGUUGACGACAUUGGCGACAAGACGCUCUCCCGAGUCGACAAGACGUUUCCCGCCGUCAAGAAGCCGACAGCAGACCUCUAUGCCGAUGUGUCGAGCCUUGUGACUUUGCCUCUGCGCAAGACAAUUGAGGGCAAGGACCACGUCGUCACCACGUACAGCCAGGAGUAUAAGAGCUUCGUGAACAACUCUGGCAAUGAGGGUGGCCUCGUUAUCUACGGAAAGGCACUUUUCGGCACGGCUCUGGUCCUCACAGCUGAGUCAAUCAGCUGGGUCAAGCUUUAUCUCCACAAGGCAAAGGAGGAUGCCAAGGCCGCCAGCAACAACAACAACAACAGCAAUUAAGCUUACCCAUGUUGACUCGUGGGCUAGCUGCCCAUAAAGCCCAGUAGUAGCCGGACCAUCGACUGUUGCGGCUACACUGAGGAAAAAAAAUCUGGUACAGCCGAUCUUCGCCGAUCGGAUCGAGGACAGUGGUCGUGUCAUCGAAUCAGUAUACCAUAGAGACCGAUCCGAUUAAAAUCACCAACCUUUUUUUCAUCUGCACUUCCCGCGAGCCGUUGGUAGGCCGGUUCUAAAUCGUGUCUUGGAACGACGGGCGCUUAAGUGUGCGACACACUUGUGGGCGACUGGGCGCGGGACUCUUGGAACAAUGGCGUCUUGUCGUUGUUAUACCCCUUGGCUUGGUUUGCCUUGGCAGCAAUUCAAACUGCUGGCGGUCCAGUGAUGAUUAUACCUGUUUACAGUACAUCGCCAAGGAACUACAUCCGCAUGGAAAUCAAGAUUGGAGAGGGGAUUCAUACCCAUGUAUGCUUGUUAAAAAGACGGUCGAUUGUUUUGUUUCAACACCAUUUCUUUGCAGUGUUAUAGCUUCGAUUAUUUAAGAUUCUUUGUGGAAUUUCAGUGGUGUUCUUUGCGAUGAAUUGAUACGUAUGCAAAGGAGCUAAGAGAGUCGUCGUCUGCCUUUUGUUAAUAAACUGUGCCAGUAAUUACCGACCACUUUGGGGUGAUUGUGCCUGAUCA